GGUGAAGAAGUGUCCCAUUAAUGGAGCUCCUCUCCGGGGGUCUUUUCUGCUCCUGUCACCGCCGUCCAGCCCGCAGACGGGACAGACCGGGAGAGGGACAUGGAGGAGGACGCAGCAGCAGCAGCAGCAGCAGCCGCUUAGCGCAGCUCAGCAGCGGGCAGGAGGAGGACGCACACCGCGCUGCACCUGCCGGGGACCCGCAGCGGGCAGGCAGCCACUGCUUCUUUAACUUUUCCUCAACUUGCCGGCGGAGCUGCGGCUCCAGCAGUGAGCGUGAAGCGCGGGGCCAUGCGUGCCGAACACCGGGCGAGUUUCCUUUCGUGCGUAACGGCGUUUUGAAGAGUUGGAGGUGUUUGGACAAACUUUGCUGAAAGUGAGGCGAGUCUUUUCCGCUCUCCGCAGACUGAGACUGAACUCAUCCCGGCCCGGCCCGGCCCGGUCCGGCUCAGCAGAAUAAUGCCUCGCCCGGGGAGGAACACGUACAGCGACCAGAAGCCUCCGUACUCUUACAUCUCCCUCACGGCCAUGGCCAUCCAGAGCUGCCCGGAGAAGAUGCUCCCGCUCAGUGAGAUUUACAAGUUCAUCAUGGACCGGUUCCCGUACUACCGGGAGAACACGCAGCGGUGGCAGAACUCCCUGCGGCACAACCUCUCCUUCAACGACUGCUUCAUUAAGAUUCCCCGCAGGCCGGACCAGCCCGGUAAGGGCAGCUUCUGGGCUCUGCACCCGAGCUGCGGCGACAUGUUUGAGAACGGGAGUUUUCUGCGGCGCAGGAAGCGCUUUAAAGUGGGCGGCAUGCAGGCCACGGACCCGCUGGCGCCCAGCAAGCCGCAGGACGCCGCCCACUACCUGCAGCAGCAGGCCAAGCUGCGCCUCAGCGCGCUGCACGCCGCCGCGCACCUCCCGCAGAUGACGGGCGGAUACAACCUGAGCCCCGCGUCGCAGCCGUCCAGCUUCAAACACCCGUUCGCCAUCGAGAACAUCAUCGCCAGAGAGUACAAGAUGCCGGGCGGGCUGGCGGCCUUCUCCACCGCCGGGUACCCGCUCCACAACCAGCUGACCCCGGCGUGGCCGCACAUGUACGGCUCCGGGAUGAUGGACACCGCGGCUCCCAUCUCCAUGGCCACCAGCGACUACUCUGCCUACGGCAUGCCGCUCAAGUCCAUCUGUCACGGCGGACAGACUCUGCCCGCCAUCCCGGUGCCCAUCAAACCCACGCCCGCCUCCAUGCCGGGCCUGCCGGGGCUGCCCACGCACAUCCCGGCUUUCCUGGCGAACUCGCCCCAGUCUCUGAGCCCCACCUCCCCGCAGACAGCCACCGGCCAGAGCAGCCCGGCCGGCCCCGGAGAGGCGCUGUCCUCCUCGGCCGCCACGACGCUGCAGUCCGCGGUGGCGGUGCACUGACGGGAGUCUGACUGUGUUCUCUCUGUUUUUAUAUAUAUAUAUAUAUAUAUAUAUAAAAACUCUUUAAAAAAGGGAAAAUGACGAACUUUAACUCCAAAGCAGUGUUUCAUCUCCAGGACGCAAAGUGCGCAGAAGUGCGAGGACGCGCGUUAAUGAUUAGGAUAUUUUUUUGUUUUUUUUUUGAAAAGAGAGAAAUUCAUCCAUCAACCUGCCGGGCAAAGAAACAGCAGGCUGACCUCUGACCUCCAGUAAACAAACACAUAUAAUGCUACAUAUUUUCGACAGAUGGCUAAUUAGUUGUUUUAUUUCUGUGAAUCAGUUUUAUGUCAGAAACUAAAAUCAUCUGGCUGAGUUAGGAUCUCUGUCCCUCCGCAUUCCUGCGCAGCAGCUCGGCGCUACCGCUCGGAUGUGUCGGGACAGAUUAUCUGGAUCUUUUGUGUUUGCAGCCUUUUCUCCUGCGGCAGAGAGAUUAAUGACUGUUAGAGAUUUCUCCGGCCUCUCUGCUGUUUUCUCUUCUGCUCCCGAAACAAAAGUCAAACCCAUGAGAAGUACCUUUUUUUUUGUUUGUUUUUUCCCACUUGCGGGAUUUUUUCUUCCAAAAGUAGAAAUAAACUCAAACGAAAGUGAAGAAGAACAUUUUCAUAAAUAAACGCAAACUAGCAUUUGGUGAACCGAAUAAUCACCCAGUCAUUUUUAUUAUUAUUAUUAUUUUUUUUAAAUUCAGUUUUAUAAUCCACAUGAACAAUCACAGAGAUGAGAAGAUGAAAUGAGACUUGAAAUCAUAUUUAUGUCAGAGGUUAUGAAAGAAGAAAAAAACACACUGGAGAUAUUUGACCACGGCUGCAAGGAUCUGCUGUCUCUGAUGCACUUUUUAAAAAAAGGAAAUAGAUGUUUUUUAUUGAGUAGCUGACAGCCGUGUUAGUUUCAUUUCCAGUUCUUUUUUAAAACAGCUGUAAAAUGACCCGCUGUCUGUGUGUUUGUACUGCUGCAUGCUCCUCCUGUCUGAACAAGUAAAAAAUAAUUCAGUGUUUGUAAGAUGUUGUUUUUUUUUUUUUUUUUGGGCUGAAAGCAUAAAGCAUGAACACGAA